AUGGAUCCCUUCAUCAACAUGUCGGCACAGUUCCCCAACGGGGCUGUCCCCAAUCCCCAGUUCGCCCUCCUCAACUACUUCUUCCCGGGCUUCUCCAUGUUUACUUCGGCCCUGCAUACCUACCUGGGUAUUGACCUCAACUUUUACAUCCCUCUCCUUGUCGCCAUAUUUGGUCUGAAUUUCGUAUGGAGCUAUUUCAGCACUUCAGCAUGGGCAUGGAUCGACGAAUACCUCAUGUCGUCCUUUAGGGUUCGCACUGAUGAUGAAAUCUACAACAUGCUGAUGCUCUGGAUCUCACGUCAAAAGUUUUCUCAAAACUCUCGUCGUUUCCUGGUCAAUACCGAUCUAUACUCUCGCAGCAGCUACGUCUGGGGAGGUUCAAACGACGAUAGCGACGACGAGGAUGGAGACGAGGAAGUUAGCGUCGAUAUCCUUGGACCAAAGCAGACUUUGCACUAUACUCCCUCGUUUGGAUCUCAUCUGUUUUGGUACAAGGGAUGGCCUCUGUUCUUUGAACGUCACCAAAAUCAGCAGCAAAUCAACUUCCAGAGCGCCAGCGAGCGAGAGGAGCUCUCUAUUUCAUGCUUUGGGCGGAACCCGCGUCUUCUCAAGGAGCUUCUCUUUGAGGCCCGUCAGAUGUACCUCAAGAAGGAUGAGCGCAAGACUCUCAUCUAUCGCAGCUCUAGUGGCACUGCCUACGGCGGUGAGCCUUACUGGCAGCGCAGCAUGUCUCGUCCUAACCGCCCUUUCUCCACCGUCAUCCUGAGCGAGAAGAUGAAGCAGGAUCUGAUUGACGAUGCCGCCGACUACCUUAACCCUGCUACUCGCCGGUGGUAUGCUAACCGUGGUAUCCCCUACCGACGUGGUUACCUUCUCUACGGCCCCCCAGGUACCGGAAAGAGCUCGCUCAGUCUGGCUCUGGCUGGAUACUUCCGGAUGAAGAUUUACAUUGUCAGCCUGAGUUCCAUCAAUGCCACUGAGGAGGGCCUCACCUCUCUCUUCAGCAACCUGCCCACUCGCUGCCUUGUACUUCUUGAAGACAUUGACACCGCUGCACCAACCCCGUCUUCUGGUUCAAACACAGGAUCAGGUGGUCGCCUUUCACUCUCUGGACUUCUCAACAUUCUGGAUGGAGUCGCCUCACAGGAGGGCCGUCUUCUUGUCAUGACUACCAAUCACAUUGAGAAGUUGGACAAGGCGCUGAUCCGACCCGGCCGUGUGGACAUGAUUGUCCCCUUCAGCCUUGCCGAUAAGACUAUGACUGAGUCCAUCUUCCGCGCCAUCUAUGCACCAUUUGAGAGCGAGAUCUCUUCGAACGAGCUGGCUCUUGGCUCCAAGAGUGGUACUAGCACACCCAAGCGCGUUGAGCCAGAUGAGGAGGCCAAGCAACGGUGGGCCAGACAGCAUGCUGAGAUUUCUGAGCGCAUUGAGGUUCUCUCUCUACAGUUUGCUACCAAGAUCCCCGAAUUUGAAUUCAGCCCCGCGGAGAUCCAGGGACUGCUCCUCAAGUAUAAGCGGUCUCCCGAGGAUGCCAUUGAGGCUGCGGACGCUUGGGUGAUUCAGACUCGCAAGGAUAAGAAGGAGAAGGAGUUGCAAGAGGCUGAGAAGCGACGCAAGGAGCAGGAGGAAGAGGAGAAGAAGAAGAAGGCUUCAGAGGAGGACAAGAAGAAGGAGAGUGAGGACAGCACAGCCAAGACUGAAGGCUCGGACCAGAAGGAGAGUGCCGAAACCAAGAGUGCUGAUGCUCCCAAGGAACCUCAAUCCACGGGCGAGGGGGAUGCCGACAAGGGAAGCGAGGCAAAGGCGGAGACUCUCGAGGUGGCUAAGGACGAUAAGAAGAACACUGCAUCGGAUUCGGAGUAUGAGCGGGUGUGA